ACACGAGUAAAGAUGGCUGAUGACAUCAAGACCAAACUGGAAAACUAUCGCACCGCUCCGUUUGAUGCCAGGUUCCCUAACCAGAACCAGACCAGGAACUGCUGGUCCAACUAUUUAGACUACCACCGCUGCCAGAAAGCUCUCGAUGCAAAAGGUGCAGACAAGACCCCGUGUGAGUGGUAUCGCAGGGUCUACAAAUCCCUCUGUCCCAUGUCCUGGAUCGAGAAGUGGGAUGACCAAAGGGCAGCGGGGACAUUCCCAGGAAAGAUAUGA